AUGGCGGGCUCCACCGCGGCGAGGGUUCCUGCCCUCGGGCAGCCGAAGGGCGGCCAGGAGGGGUGGUCCAAGGGAAAGGUUAAGGACAAGGCCCAGCACGCCGUCAUCCUCGACAAGACCACCUCCGACAAGCUCUACAAGGAUGUCCAGUCCUACCGCCUGGUGACCGUUGCCGUCCUGGUCGACCGUCUCAAGAUCAACGGCUCCCUCGCCCGGAGAUGCCUUGCCGACCUCGAGGAGAAGGGUAUCAUCAAGCCCGUCGUCCAGCACAGCAAGAUGAAGAUCUACACCCGUGCCGUUGGUGGAACUGACUAA